AAUUUAAUCUUUCUUUUUCUUAUUAUGAUUACCGGGUCACCAAUGAAGGUCCAAUAUAAGCGUAGUAAAACCAUACGAAGCUUGUAUUGGACAACAUAAACUACAACAUAAAAAUGUAAAUGGGUUUUUCCUAAAUAAGGGUUUUUCCCCUGUUCAUGAAUUAGUCAUGACAGAAAUAAUUCUCAGUAUAAAUGCCUUGAGCAGGCACCACAAUAAAGUACUUAUUCUAAGCUCUUACAAUUGGCAGUCUAACAACUUAUCAGGUCCGCUACUCUACUCGAUUUUUUCAACAUGACGAACACCAAGUGGAAGUCGGAAAACAAACUCAAAGGCCAUAGUAAUUUCAAGAUGUGGCUUAUGGAACUCACUGUCAUUUUACGAGCCGACGAUAUAUGUGAUAUAAUACACCACGCAAUGAAGCCCGCCACCAACACCAAUUAUGAACGAGCCUGGAAAGACGAAGAAAUUGGAGAGGGUCAACACUACAUAAUCAAAUCUGUAUCGCCAGACAUAAUGGCUACUCUGAGUGCAACUAUGACUCCGAAAGAGAUGUUCACUAUGCUAUACCAAAAUUAUGGUCACGUCGGAGAAGGAGGCAAGAUACGAUGGUUAAGUACGACAACAAGACAACGAGAACAUGGAUAAGUUUAUUCUAAGAUUGAACACGAAAUUUGUUGACGCCUUCAAUAUGAAUAUCGUACUUAACGACACCGAGAAGACCACAUUUUAACCUGUGCUCUACAUACAAAUUACAUUUCUAUAGUAACUCACCUCCUACCGACAGUGCUAUGGUACUAAGCUACGGAGCUGCCAUAGCAUAUGUACAACAGACUGCAUUGAAAAUUGAAGCCCGGAUUCUGAAUACCAAUGCAACAUCGCCUUUGGAUGCCGCUUUUGCUGCCACUACUAACGUUAAAUGUCACAAGUGCAAAAAUUACGGACACAUCGCACGAAAUUGUCGAUUGCCACAAUUCAUUUAAAACUUCAAUCCAAGAGGCCGAGGGAGAUUUACAGGCCGAGUAGGCUACCAGAGUUAAGGAAGAUUUGUUGGACGAGGCAAUUUCCAAAAUUCAGGACAUGGCCGCGAUUCUAAUAGUAACAGCUCGAGGACCUAGUCAUAUUGGUCGCUCGACCAACACCAACGCGGAGGAUUCAGCAGACGAUUUGUGAAUUGAGGACGAGGAUACAAAAAUUAUGGAUUUAGAAACCGACAACAACACGCUAAUUCUGCACUUGCUAAUCUCACUUGCUAAUCCCAACAGUUUGCUCAUAAGACUGCAAGCUGAAUUUGACCAGAAAGAUGCCGCAGCACAACAACAACAAUAUGCCAAUUGGAUACAGUCGGAAUACGCGCAUAUACAAAAACCAAGCAGCACACAUACAAUGUCUCAACAACCGGCUAAUGCUUUUAUGGUGAACGCUCAUGCCAACCAGGUAGACACAGAAUUUAACCCAAGACUGCCCCAAUUGAGAGGUCCAGGAGGAUAUUGACUCGCCGUCGAUUCAUGUGCGACCAAGCAUAUAUUGCCAUAUUCAGAAAAGACAGGCGCGCUCAAUUUACCGACAACCGCCAACAAUACAUAUUCAGUGAAAGUUGCUGAUGGGAACUGUAUUACACCGACUUGCUCUGCCGAAUUCUUCGAUCUCGGAACAGCCCUGCUGGAUGAGACAUUCACGAUUCCAUUACGCAGCGUACGAUUGAUGACAGAACAUGGGUAUCUCUUUGUAUUUUCAGAAAAUAUCUUGCCAUCAUUACACCGAAGAAUCGCGUUAUACAUACUGAAGAAGACUCAUCUGGUAUGUAUAUUGUCGAUUUUUUGAACUUUUGGAUUUUUCAGAUUCUGCCUAUGUCACUUGGCAUCAACGUCUCGUACAUACUGUCGACAUACCCCCUAAUUUACCCCGUAUAAGACAACAUAAGUAGUGCGAUGAAUGUGUGUAGCAUCCAGGGGCCAGAAUAUCAGAAAAGCCAAUCCUAAACCCAAAACCCAGGAUUAUCAAAUACUGAGUUUUGGAUCUAGGAUCCAAUAUUUCUGAUGAUAGAGUGAUCAGAAAUAUAGCGGGAUUACCAGUAGAUGAUACCGGGACUCCCGCGUGUGAGAGAAACACUCAAGUAAAGAUUGAGUAUAGUGUAGAAAAUACUUCACACAAAUAAAGACUCAAUGCGAGUCCUUCAGCCUAGGACUUUACCUAGCUGUAGGAUUCACACUUGAGAAGAGGUCUAUUGUUUCUUCUGGUCGUAUCUUAUUAGCUACUCUCAAACUCUAUUUUUAACAAUAUCCUUACCACGGUAAAUCAACCAGCUAAGAAAGGAUCAUUAACUAUAGGGUACUAGAAACGUGAAGUGCCAAAGUGAACUUAGCAUAACUUUAUUAGAAGUUAGAAUAAGAACUACGAGGGACCCAAGAGAGGAAGACGGAAGGCACCCUACUGCUGAGACGAAACCUCAGGGAAGUGAGGAAGGAAAGCCAGCAGGGUAAACUGGACAAAAGAGAAGCGAAGACUCAACAGCUUCUUCGCAGAACAAAGCAAGUGAAGACCGUCAACCAAGGUGACUGUGUGAAGCUAUAGCGUGUUUUGUAUUCAUAUUAGGUGACAGAUGUUCUAAAAACCAGAAAAGUGUCAAGGUGAUUUAUUUAUCAAUGUUGGGAAGCUAAAAAACUGAUGAGUCAUACAAGAAAGACAGUACAAAAAGGACUCUAGAAGCUAGCAUACGAGACGCAUACGUACACACGUUCUACCAAUAUUGAUCAUCAACAUUGACAGUAAAACAACGAGACUUGGUAUAUUGGAGCUAAUACAACGAAGAGAGAGCACAAUAAUAAUUCAUGCGCAAAGAUAAGACUAAGAAAGUAGAAUAGUCGCUUAAAAUCAUGAACACAUUCACACAAUCGUUGGAUAAUAAUAUCGAGCUUGAACAAAGAGAGAGUAAAUCUACGCACAAGUAUAUUCACGCAAACAUAGUUUCAAGUAAGUACAUUAAUAGAAAGAAUCAUAUAGUGCACUAAAAGAACUUAUACGAUAAGAUCUCACACGAACAAGGUAAUUCCCUUACAAAAGUGC